GUGAAACUCACCAAUCACAGAUCCAGACAGCAGUACUUUGUCACUCCCUCUUCUCGCGUAGCCUAUCAGACCAGCUCGAAAGGAGGGGUCAGGCUUUCAGAAAAAAAUCGAUUCAAGCGAUUCAUCAAGGGAGAUUUAAACCCGAGGUUUGGGAACGAAGAGUCCUUUUUGGCUGGUUUGUCUGAGGCGGCCAACAGGUCUGUUACAGAGUGAAACUGUUACUGAGACAAAAAGACGCACACAAUGACAGCAGCAAGCCCUAAUUCUCUGUUCGGGAUGGGGAACCCCCUGCUGGACAUCUCAGCCGUCGUGGACAAGGACUUCCUGGAGAAGUACGGUCUGAAGCCCAACGACCAGAUCCUGGCAGAGGACAAGCAUAAAGCAUUGUUUGAUGAGAUUGUCAAAAAGUUUAAAGUAGAGUACCAUGCCGGAGGAGCUACACAGAAUUCUAUAAAAAUCGCCCAGUGGAUGAUCCAGGAUCCCCAUAAGGUGUGUACGUUCUUCGGCUGUAUCGGAGAGGAUAAGUUUGGGGAGAUUCUGAAGCAGAAGUCAGAGGAGGCCCACGUGGAUGCCUACUACUAUGAGCAGACAGAGGAGCCUACAGGGACCUGCGCCGCAUGUAUCACCGGAGACAACAGGUCUCUGGUAGCUAACCUAGCAGCAGCUAACUGUUAUAAGAAGGACAAACAUCUGGACUUGAAGGAGAACUGGAAACUGGUGGAAAAAGCCAAAGUUUACUAUAUCGCUGGUUUCUUCCUGACAGUGUCUCUGGAGUCCAUACUGAAAGUGGCCAAACACGCUUCUGAGAACAACAAGCUGUUUACUCUGAACCUCUCCGCUCCCUUCAUCUCCCAGUUCUUCAAAGACGCCCUCAUGGAGGUCAUGCCCUAUGUGGACGUGCUGUUCGGCAACGAGACGGAGGCGGCCACGUUUUCAAAAGAGCAAGGCUUUCAGACUGAGGACAUCGAGGAGAUUGCCAAGAAGGCCGAGGCUCUACCCAAAGUCAACAAGAAGAGACCGAGAAUCGUUGUUUUUACUCAGGGGAAGGACGGAACCAUCAUGACCAAAGGAGGUGACAAGGUGGAGACGUUCCCAGUGCUGAAGAUUGACCAGAAGGACAUUGUGGACACAAAUGGAGCCGGAGAUGCCUUUGUAGGAGGAUUCCUGUCAGAGUUGGUCCAGGACAAGGAGUUGGAACAGUGUGUGAAAGCAGGACAUUACGCUGCCAACGUCAUCAUCAGACGAGCAGGAUGCACCUUCCCCGAAAAACCAGACUUCCACUGAUGACCUGUAACCUUAAUUGCUGACCGCUUACACCUACCCAUCCACCCUUACCUCUGACCCUUACCUUCCAACUUAACGAAACCAGGUCCCCCCCUGUCCUUUUUCUUCUUUCAACCAUCCAUCCAUGCUUUCAUCCAAUCCAUCCAUAUAUCUGUCAUUGCUUUCAGCCCUUCUUCCCUUGUCUUUCUGCAACCAGACUUCUGUGCCUAUUCUUCUUAUCCUACGCUAGGGGAUGCUCUCGGGCCACACUGCCUGUAUCUGUUUAUACUGAUGUUCAACUGCCCUCCCUAAUGACUCUGCUGAAGUCUACUGCCCUCUGUAAACACAGUUAGACUGAAGGUACUAACUUAAUACUGCCGAUUCACAGUUAACUAUCAGCCUCUCAAUAAACUGUCAUGUUUACACACACAGCAGGAUGCUGCUGGAAACCGACUGCUGUCCAGUCUUCUCCUUGGAGACUGAGCUAAAGCCAAGUUAGUGAGUUAGGAUUAGGUAACAGGUUAGGAACAUGGUUAAUGAAUUAGUUACGGAUGGGUGGAAUACUGUAAUUUGAUGGAGGAAGUUUCUGUUGAGAAGGUUGACAAUAAUAUCUAGUAAAGCAGCUCUAUCAGAGAUAUUAAGAACACCACACAUAGAAAUUAGAUAGGCAGUGUCAUUGUGAUUUAGAUUUCAUAAUUGUUUUCAUUGAUUGCUGUUUUAUUAUGACUGGAGGCUUAUUGAAGCGGAGAAGUGUUGCUGUAAAACCAAACAGAUUCCUUAACCUUAAAGCGCACAGUAAAAGUGUAAAGUUCUCUGUACACUUUGUAAAUGUGUAAAGGCCUCUGUGUACUUUGUAAACAUGUCAAAGCCUUUUGAGUAAUUAGUGAUUUUUAUGGCUGUUUUACAAAUUAUUCAUAUUUAAAUAAUACAUUUUAAAGUGAUGCUGGUGUAACUUGGCUAAUAAACACAUUUCAGUUGGUCUAAAACAAAA